CGGAUUAAGAGGUUGAUGACACUGAUUAUGGUGAUUUUAUUAUAAAGUUUUUGAAUGUUUUUUGGUUCUUGUUUUGAUUCUCUGAAUGUUUUCAAUACUAUUAUAUUAUUGGACGACGUUCUGUUUCCAAAAGAAAAAUCCUCCAAAAUCUCCUUAAAUGUACAGACUACAGUUCGAUCACUUAAUUUCUCUGGAAACUUAUUGUCUAAUGACCAACUUAGACAUCUUCCAUAUACAAUAGAAGGCCAACUUCAAUUAAUACUUGGCAAUAGAGUUAGUAUUGAAUAUAAAAAAUUAAAUAAAUCAUUAAUAUUUAAUUUACCUCUUGGUCUUGUAUUAAAAAUUAAUGAAGAAAAAAGUAAAAAGGAUGAAAAGAUGAAGGAAAGAGAAGUAUUUUUUGGAAGUCCAAAUUCAAAUUUUUUUGAACCGCAUUAG